AUGGCCCCCUCCUCUGCUGUGGAGGGGGUGGAUUUGGUAACCUGUGGUUACUCGCCCCAGCAGUCACCGAGUCGAUUCCAGAGCCCAUGCCUGACUCUUGUGCCACGGGGAAUCGAUCGGGAGGGCAAGCUUGGGUGGAGUGACAAGCACGGUGUGCGCGAAGCACUUACCUUGCUCUGA